AUGUCCUCGAGGUCGCCGACGGACAGGGAGCUGCUGAGGAUGCCGGGCACCCUGUGGUGCGGAAGGGGGUUCUCGGCCAGCCGCUACGGCCAGCUGGGGCCCUUCCUGGAGGCAGACCGCUGCUGCCGCCGCCACGACACCGCCUGCCCCCACUACAUCGCGGCCAUGAGCCACGGCUACGGCCUCUACAACUGGAGGCCCAGCACGCUCAUGCACUGCUCCUGCGACAGGAGCCACUUGACGAGGCCAAAGCAAAUAUUCUGCAGUUCCCACAGCCCUGUAGUCAACCAGAUGUGCCCUAAGUCAACACCCACUGCCUGCCUUCCAGGAUCUGAGCAAACAGGGUCACUUGAUAUCUUACAGUGGCGCUUCUUUGUUUCUUCCUUUGGUGUCUUUGACUAUAGGAAUAUGAGAGGAUCCUCAGAUUCUAGAUAG